GCGACGACGCCCACAAGAACAACCCGUGGAGGAAGCAGCUCAUGGACGAUAUGCAUUUGCUGCAGGUUUUUGCCGACGGCCGCGCCUGCCUCGACGUAAUCGGCGAUGACCUAUUGGAUAUUUGUCGGCCUACCGCGGGCAGGGGCGUCUUUCUCAAGCUCGCGGUGGCACGUCUGCGCAAGUGGUGGCUGGAACAGCCCGCCCCUGCACGCAGGGUUCCAGAUGCAAUUGUCAGCUGGAACUGCCCCCGCACGUGCGGCCUGCUCUGCGAAGAUG